CAGACCUGGCGCUAAAACCUGCCAAGGCACGCAGAACGCCCGGAUGCAUGAUGUCACCGGCUCGCACAGCUUGGAGGGGAGCUCUGUCCUCUCUAUUUCCUUUUUUUCUCUUCUUAACACUCACUCACGGCCAAAUUUCAGGCCAUUCGCUCGCUGAGAAACCUCCAGCAACUUCGCUGGGUCAAGCAAUUCUCGGUUUUUCGAGAUCGCUGUGGCCGGUUGUCAUUCCCCGCAACCUACCCACCUUGUUCGUGCGCUGAUCACCAUGGGCUCCUCACGCCAAAUCUACCUGCUUCCAUUGAAGGAUGACGGCUCACCCGACGUGCCCGGUGGGUACGUUUACCUUCCACCUCCCGGCGACGAGGGAUAUGUGCUACGAUUCAUCAUCGAGGGUACCAGCUCCAUCUGUCGACAGGGUAGUCUGUGGGUCAACAUCCCUGAGGAGGGCAAAGCGUUUGAACGCCAUUCGUUCCGCGAGUUCAGAUUAAAACCCGAUUUCAAUCGCAAUAUCCAGAUCGAUAUCCCUGUAUCCAAUGCGGGCGCUUUCGCCUACUACACCACUUUCUCCCCGUUACCGGAGUUCUCGGUAGACGCUGUGCCCGUGCCGGAGCCCACGCAGACUCCUAUUCACUACAUAGACGUUUCCCCGAAGUUGACUCUUCAGGGCAAGCAUCUGCCACUCAAUGCGCUUUCGAUUUUCUCGGUCAUUUCCAAGUUCAUGGGGGAGUACCCUACGGACUGGGAUAAGCAUCUUCAUGGCAUUAGUCAAAGGAACUAUAACAUGGUCCAUUUCACUCCUCUCAUGCAACGCGGUUCUUCCAAUUCCCCGUACAGUAUCUUUGAUCAACUUUCUUUUGACCCGGCUCUGUUUCCGAAUGGAGAAAAAGAUAUCGCAUCACUCGUCUCGCGCAUGGAGAAGGAGUACGGACUCCUGACUUUGACCGACGUUGUCUGGAAUCAUACUGCUCAUAAUAGCAAAUGGCUGGAGGAACACCCCGAGGCAGGCUACAGUGUGGAAACUGCUCCCUGGCUUGAAUCUGCCCUGGAAUUGGACACCGCGCUGUUGAAGUUUGGCGAGGAUCUCGAGAGCUUGGGUCUACCAACGGAGUUCAAGACUACCGAGGAUCUGGUGUCCGUGAUGAACGCCAUGCGCAAGGAAGUGGUUGAUGGUAUCCGGCUGUGGGAGUAUUAUGCGAUCGAUGUGAAAGCCGACACGAAGAAGAUUCUCGAAGCGUGGAAGAGUGGGAAGACAGACCCUGCAAGCAUUGAACACGUUGAUCUGCGCAAGUUUGGUGAAUUGUCGCUAAAGGAGCAAGCUCAACUUGUCCGUGAGCACGGUAUCCCCGCUUCAAAUCAAGUCUACGGAAGAUUUGGCCGCUCCGUAGAUGCUACGUUUGGUAGCGCUAUCCUGACAGUGCUCCACGGUGACUACAAUCAGGAUGCCUCCGAAGCCGAGGCCUUCUUGUCCCAACUUCUCAAUGAAGUGAACUUGCCUCUUUACAAGGAAUACGACACAGACAUUGCGGAUAUUAUGGAUCAACUUUUCAAUCGCAUCAAAUACCUUCGCAUUGACGAUCAUGGCCCAAAGAUGGGUCCUGUCAGCAAGGAUAGCCCUCUUAUCGAGACAUACUUUACCCGCCUUCCUCUCAACGAAGUAACGAAGAAGCACAGCCCCAAGGCCCUUGCUCUGGUCAAUAACGGUUGGAUUUGGAACGCUGAUGCCAUGCGUGACAAUGCUGGACCCGAUUCCAAAGCCUACCUGCGCCGUGAGGUGAUUGUCUGGGGUGAUUGCGUGAAGCUUCGAUAUGGAAAGUCCCCAGAGGACAACCCAUUCUUGUGGAGCUUUAUGACCAAAUACACUCAGCUCAUGGCCAAGUACUUUAAUGGCUUCCGAAUUGACAACUGCCACUCCACUCCUUUAGUUGUCGCAGAGUACCUGUUGGACAAGGCGCGCGAGGUUCGACCUGACUUGACCGUCUUUGCGGAGCUGUUUACUGGCUCCGAGGAGGCUGAUUAUGUCUUCGUCAAGCGCCUGGGCAUCAACGCUCUGAUUCGAGAGGCCAUGCAGGCUUGGAGCACUGCGGAAUUGAGUCGACUCGUUCACCGUCAUGGUGGACGUCCUAUCGGUAGCUUCGACGUGGGGCUGCCUUCCGCUGGUAGCAGCCAUGCCAUUGCGUCUGCACAUGCCGGUGUGGGCGCUGAAGAAAUCACUCAUAUUCGACCCUCCCCAGUUCAGGCAUUGUUCAUGGACUGUACUCAUGACAACGAAGUUCCUGCCCAGAAGCGCGAUGCUCGGGAUACCCUUCCCAAUGCUGCUCUUGUCGCUAUGUGUGCCUCUGCCACCGGUAGCGUCAUGGGCUACGACGAAAUCUACCCCAAGCUGAUCGAUCUGGUGCAUGAGAAGCGACAGUAUGUUUCUCCAUUCUCAGGCACCCACAAGUUGGAGGUUGGUGCCGGAGAGGGCGGAAUUGGUGGCGUCAAGCGCCUGCUCAAUGAGCUUCACACCAUGAUGGGUGUUGAGGGUUAUGAUGAAACCCAUAUCCACCACGAUGGUGAAUACAUUACGGUUCACCGAGUUCACCCCAAGACACGGAAGGGAAUCUUCCUCAUUGCCCAUACUGCGUUCCCCGGCAAUGAAAGUGGCGCAAUUCUGGCUCCGACUCACAUCACGGGCACUCAGGCCAAGCACAUUGGAUCUUGGGUUCUGGAGGUUGAUGCCGGGGAUGAGACCAAGGCUAAGAUUUCCGGAGAUGAUAAGUACCUCAAGGGUCUUCCAAGCCACACGCGCGAUAUCGAUGCGACCAAGAUUGAAAGCGAUGGCAAGAAUGUGACCAUCUCCGUUCUGGAUACACUGGUACCUGGUUCCAUUGCGCUAUUUGAAACCUGGAUCCCUGGCGCAGAACAUGCCAGUGGUCUGGAUAACUUCCUUUCAAGUGGUGCCGAUGAGGCAUUCUCGGGCCUCAGCUUGGUUGAUCUAAACUUUGUACUGUACCGCUGCGACGCUGAGGAGAGAGACUCUAGCAACGGCGAGGACGGGGUUUACAAUAUCCCCAAACACGGUCCUUUAGUCUAUGCUGGUCUACAAGGCUGGUGGAGUGUACUUGAGAACAUCAUCAAGUACAACCAACUAGGUCACCCACUUUGCGACCAUCUUCGCGAGGGUCAGUGGGCCUUGGACUAUCUCGUUGGGCGGAUGGAGAAGGUUGCCUCCAAGGAAGGCCAUUCUGCGCUUCAAAAGCCAGCUGAAUGGCUUCGUGAGAAAUUUGACACCGUUCGAGUCGUGCCUAAUUUCUUGCUGCCUCGGUACUUUGCUAUCAUCGUGCAAGUCGCCUACAAUGCUGCAUGGAAGGCCGGCAUUCACAAAUUCAGUGACAAUGUCCGUCAUGGCCAGGAAUUCAUUCAUCAGCUGGCUAUGGUCAGUGUUCAGCAGACUGGCUUCGUCAACUCGGCCUCUUUGUGGCCCACCAAGAAAGUGCCUAGUCUAGCCGCUGGGUUGCCCCAUUUCGCAGUCGACUGGGCGAGAUGCUGGGGUCGUGAUGUUUUCAUCUCCAUUCGUGGCUUGUUCCUCUGCACUGGUCGUUUCGACGAUGCCAAGGAACAUAUUCUUGCUUUUGCAAGCGUGCUCAAGCAUGGUAUGAUUCCCAACCUUCUGAGCAGUGGCAAGCUGCCUCGGUACAACUCGCGAGAUUCGGUAUGGUUCUUCCUACAGGCCAUUCAGGAUUAUACCAAGAUGGUUCCGAACGGUAGCAGUCUAUUACAGGAGAAGGUGCCUCGGCGAUUCUUGCCUUACGAUGAUACAUGGUUCCCCUUCGAUGACCCUCGGGCGUACUCCCAGUCUCCUACCGUUCUGGAAGUUAUCCACGAAGUUUUCCAAAGACAUGCUCAAGGCAUGUCAUUCCGGGAAUACAACGCGGGGCCUGACCUUGAUGUUCAGAUGAAGCCAGAGGGUUUCCAGAUUGACAUCAAGGUUGAUUGGGAGACUGGUAUCAUCUUCGGCGGCAGCCAGAACAACUGCGGCACGUGGAUGGAUAAGAUGGGCGAAAGCGAGAAAGCAGGCAGUAAGGGUGUUCCUGGAACGCCUCGUGACGGAGCCGCAAUAGAAAUCACUGGUCUCGUCUACAGCGCUCUUGCAUGGGUGGCGAAGCUGAACGAAUCCAACCAAUAUCCUCAUUCGGGAGUUGACAUCGGCGACGGCAAAUCGAUCACUUUCAAGGAAUGGUCGGAGAAGAUCAAGGCCAACUUUGAACGCUGUUAUUACGUUCCUGUGGACCCCAAGGAUGAUGGUCAGUACGAUGUCGAUGCCAAGGUUGUGAACCGUCGUGGUAUCUACAAGGAUCUGUACAAGUCCGGCAAGCCGUUCGAGGAUUACCAGCUCCGUGGCAACUACCCCAUCGCCAUGUCCGUUGCACCGGAGCUUUUCACACCCGAAAAGGCUCUCCUGGCCCUCUCCAUCGGUGAUUCUGCCAUCCUGGGCCCUGUUGGUGUCGCUACCCUGGACCCAUCCGAUCUCAACUACCGCCCUUACUACAACAACUCAGAAGACUCCACAGAUUUUGCAACCUCCAAGGGUCGGAACUAUCACCAAGGUCCCGAAUGGGUCUGGCAGCGGGGCUACUUCCUCCGCGCUCUCCUCCACUUUGACCUUUUGCGACGCAAGACAGCCGAGGAGCGAACCGAGUCCUUCCAGCAGAUCACCCGACGACUUGAUGGGUGCAAGAAGGCUUUGCGCGAGAGUCCGUGGAAGGGACUAACCGAGUUGACGAACAAGAAUGGAGAGCAUUGUGCAGAUUCGUCGCCUACUCAAUCGUGGUCCGCAGGUUGCCUGCUGGAUCUCUAUUAUGAUGCCGCCAAUCUUUCUUAGGGCGGUGCGGUGAGGGGGUUGUACAGGGACUUAGCAAAAGAAAGCGUCUGAUUUUCCUAUACUAUUUUCCAUUGUUGAUUCCCUUAGCAUUCGCAUGCAUAGUACAUUGUGAUCUAUGUCAUGUAUUUCAAUGUGGUUUCAUAAAAUUGUCGAUAUUAAUCAGCUCAAUGCGAAUAUUUGAGGGAGGUUGAAAAAGUACCCUCUCAUAAGUUCUUUAAUUUGAAUACUCAUAUCACUUGUCCUUCACGAGACCCUCCACGCCAGGGCCACACUGGACUCUUACAGAGGCAG